UGUCCUAAGAGAUCCAAUGCCCUCUUCUGGCAGUAGACAUACCUGCAGGCAAAACACCCAUACCUAUAAAAUAAAUACAUUUAAGGUAAAUAAAUAAAAAGGGUUCCUGUCAAAUAGCAAAAGCCCCAUAAACAUUCAUUAAAUAACAUACAAAUAAAUAAGCCCACUUGAGAAAACCAGUAAACAAGGAGUUAGGAAAUCUACCAUCACAGCUCUUUAUUUAUAGGGCUUUAAUCCAGAUGCCCUUGUUUCCUACCUUGACUGCUAUCCCUAGUGUCUCAGGGAGUAAACAGAAUAAAGCUCCUGCCUCUCCUCUUUGGCUUCUCCCCUCCCUUGGAAGGCCCAUAAUCUCCCAGCAUGUCAGCGUUCUUUCCUCAGCAGUGAUUAAGGAGCCCUCUCCAAAGAAGAUUAAAGCAUAGUCUGUGUGGGGCACUGCGCAGGGGUGCUUGACCUGGAAUCCAACCACUCUGCACUCUUAGAGUCACUAUCAUGGCCCUUGUGCCAGGGAGUAGCACGGAUGGACCUCGGUCUGGAGAUAGCCAAGACUCUUCAUGGCAUCCAGAAAGUCCCCGGUUGAUGAAUCCUCUCUCAAAGAACAGAGAAGAGAUUGGCAGAUGUGAAGGUCACCAGGAUGCUCAGGUGUCUCAGAAGUCCCGCCUGCCCUCUAUUGUGGUAGAGGCCUCAGAGGGGAAUGAGGAAGACCAGGAGGACAACCAGUGGCCACAUGAGGAGUUGCUGCUGCUCACUGAUGGUGAAGAAGAGGAAGCAGAAGCUUUCUUCCAUGACCAAAGUGAAGAGCCAGGUUGGGCUUGGAUACCACAGGACCCCACAUCUCCUUUAAGAACAUUUAACCCUGGACUUGGCUGGGGGCACGAACAAGAAGAGGAUGACUCCUGGAUUCCUGAGGAUACAGAGGGUCAAGAAACUCCCAACCCCUGUCCUCUUUGGGACCCAACAGGGUCCUGCAUCUACAGAACCAGAUUUGUGGAAUUUUCCCAUUUCCCACCUCCCAGUACCUUUGAGGGAGCUGAAGAAGAAGUUGUUCAAGCGCCGGAGGGUGCUGAGCAGGGAUCGGCGACGGAAGCGCCAGGUGGUCGGGGCCGUUAUAGACGAAGGGCUGACUACGAGGCACCAUCUCAAGAAGCGGGCGUGAGUACGGUCCAGUGCACGUGCCAACAUCACGCUAUCUGGGAAGAAGCGCAGGAAACUCCUGCAGCAAAUUCGCCUUGCCCAAAAAGAAAAAGCAGCCAUGGAAGUGGAAGCCCCUUCCAAGUCAACCAGGACGAGUGAGCCACAGCCCAAACGACGAAAGAAGAUAAAAGCUCCUCAGGAUGUAGACAUGGAGGAUCUUGGAGAUGAGAGCUAAAGUCUCUACUUCUUUUAUUAGAAGAGUCUCAACAGCAGCCAGAAGAAUUUGGAGGACUUUGGAGAACAUAACUACCAUAUUUCACUCUUUCAGACACUCCUUCCUUCAUGACCCACUGACCUCCCCUGGAGCUAUAUAUUGGGAGGGAAGAGGACACAGGCAAAGACUGGAGAGGGCCGUCUCUAGCAGUCAGCUUCUUUUGUAAUAAAGCCCUGGAGCUUUAA